AUGGACUCACUCUGCCUUGGAUCCGACAUAGAUGACAUAGGCGUUUGGCUUGUCGUCCCCGUUGAACAACCAGUCGAUGGUCGAUUUGACCUUGCGGCAGUCGGGACACCACAUUUGGCCGGUGUGUGGGUCGAUGCUGGCGUAAAAGAUGAUGAUGGUCUCUUCGAUACAUACAUCCAUCUUCUAUCGCCGUCAUCACCACCACCACGCUGUCGAACGGUCUCUGCACCCACUAUCACCUAUCAAUCCUCGAGGGAACAGAGCUUGGACGUUCUUUCGUAA